AUGCAUAUGAGAAGAAAAGAUUUCCUUUUACAAGAUCUUAGUAAAACGGAUUUUACCAAACAUAAUGAUAUUCAAAAGGUUUGCGUAACAUUAAUUAAACGUUCCCCGUAUGAACUGCCUAAACAUUAUAAUUCACUUAUCUCGCAUAAACAACAUCAAAGAGCAUUAACAGACGGCGUCACUCCAUCUGUCUGCUUCACAAGGUCAUCGGGAAUUGUAAUCGAUCAUAUGUUCCUAGCCACUUCUGAUAAAACUAGAAGAUUAACUCAUACUUUUCGUUGGGUAUACAAGUAUUUCAGCACAUUGACAGGAGUUAGAGAUUACUAUAAUAUCUUAAAUGUCAAAAGUACAGCAUCCCCAGAAGAAAUUAAAGCUGCCUACUUAGAUCUAUCUAAAAAGUACCAUCCUGACAAGUGUUUAGAUGAUAAAGCAAAGAUACAUUUUGCCGAAGUAAGCGAGGCGUAUUCGGUCCUUGGGAGGUCGGAAUCUCGUCAAGAAUAUGACUUAAAUAGAAAAGUCAAUGCUUUUGGAAUUAGUGCUGAUGCUUUUCGAAUGCAUUAUCCUCAUCCACCACCUGAUCUUGACAAGGUUGGUUUUGAAGCUUAUGGGGACGAAAUGCGAAGAAGAUGGGUGGAAAAAAUGACACAGUGGGCAAAAGCACAAGGUCAGUAUGAACUCGAAAGAGGCAGAGCAAUGAAACCUAGCACGGGUGUUUAUCAAUUUGUCCCUCCAAUAACCGGAUAUACUCAUAUUAAUGGUCUUCUUUUCAUUUCUACAUUUUUAGCUGGUGCUGUAUUACUCAUAAAAUCACUGUCAUAGAUACAUCAUAUAUAUUUUCAUCCUUUAAAUUUUUAAAAGUGUAACUAUCUGUAGAUCGAUUCAUCUUGUAACUAAUCAGUAAAUUUAUAUAAAUACUUCUCAAAAGUAAUUUGUAAACUUUUAUUCCUCUAAUACUUUCUUCACAAAGUGCAGAAAACUUAUAAUCCUACGAUUUUUGUCUAUAUAUAUAUAUAUAUUGCGCGGAUGAGUGUACUUCCAAAAAUAUGAACCUGUAUUUGAGUGACCCAUAAGGGAUUUUAAAGUGCAUACUUUUCAGCUAAACAGUGAGGAUUUGUUGAACGGAGGUUUUUUUCCUAAAUUUACCAUGGGACUUUAAGCUCUUAUGUCGCUUUAUAAACUAGAUGAACAUUUUGGCCUCAUAAAUAGUCAUUGUAGUGUUUCGUGUUAUGCUAUUCAUCUCUGACCAAGGUUGAAAGUGUAUGUUAGUAGAUCCUAAUUGUGGUCCAAGUGUAGUGCACUCGCAUCGAGACCUAGAAGUUUUGAGUUGAAUCUUUACCAGAAUGGGCUGUUGCCGACGGUUCGUGCCACCCGGUCGUUGCUACUACCUUGACAUGGUGGUCGGGCUUGCCUACCGUGAUGAACCAAUCGAACUAUAAUGGCUGGGAAAGUCGUCCCUCAAGGCCCCGUCACGUCAGGCAGGUCGGUUAAAGACUAAAAACAUCAAACCGAAUGGUCGGGGGGGGAGUCGCACGGAUGACUGCACAAAGGUGUGACAGCAGUAAGGUGUUUCCUUCAGACAACCAGCAUGACAGCGAUGCUGCCUUCCCACAAGGAGGGGUGGGGUUAGAAAAGGUUGACCCUAGAAAUGCACACAUCGCUUUAUCACACGGAUAUCCGUCUCCGACGGUAAGGUCUCAACAAUUACGGAGCUAACACGGAAAUUACUCACAGAGGUCG